CUCAAACCUUCAUUUUAACCUGGCUGGGACUUAAUAGGAUCAAAGUGCAGGAAGAACAACAGCAGGGAAAUAAAUCUGCUCUGUGCCAAAGAAUUCCAAGAAUUCCUGAAAUCUGAUCUUUUUUAAAACCUUCUGCACUGAACAAAAAGGUGCAUUUUUUUGGUGUCAACUCCAAGGAGAGAGAGGGUUUUUGUGUUAGCGCAAAGAGAAUCUUCAGCCCAACUUUAGGGCAAAAUAAUGGGAUAUCUGGACAUUCGAGAACCCCCACGACUGGAUUCUGGGACUUGUUAAAAAUUAGUAUUUUUAGAUUUGCUAUAAAAUAAAUUGAUAUUUGCUACAUUUUCUCUAAGAAGAUUUGAAGCAGAAAAAAACUGAAUUGAUUUUUUUUUUUAAUUGGUGUAAAAAAAACUUUUAACUUUUAAACUUUCAUAAACUUAUUUUUUUCUAUUUCUUUUCCAACGGAUUAAAAUGUAUUUUUUCCAAGACAACUAAAUUGUUCAUAAUUUUUUUUUUUUAUGGACAAAAACUCUCUUUUUGUUGCAACGAGUUGCUAAUUUUUCGCUCUCAUGUUUGGUGUUGUUGGAGGAUUUGAUCAUUUACGUAUUUCUAGUGGAAAUCUGUAUUCCUGAUUAUAUACGGAUAUAUAUAUUUUAUUUGGAGGAGAUCAGUGAUUAUUCUUUGCUAUUAUAUUUACCAGUGGAACUUAAGAAAAUAAGGAAUAUACAAUGUUUCAGUUUGAUUCAGCGUAUGUCGAAGCGCCCCGGCCAUCUUCACCCCUUUUAUCGCCCGCUGCUUUUGUAAAUUCUGUCCAAUAUGCCAACGUACUAGAAGGAAGGUUCAAACAGCUGCAAGAUGAACGUGAGGCGGUACAGAAGAAGACCUUUACAAAAUGGGUAAAUUCUCACCUGGCAAGGGUCACUUGUAGGAUUUCUGACCUGUACAAUGACCUGAGGGACGGGCGGAUGCUGAUCCGACUCCUGGAAGUGCUGUCUGGGGAGCAGCUGCCCAAACCCACCAAGGGCCGUAUGCGCAUCCACUGCUUGGAGAAUGUAGACAAAGCCUUACAGUUUCUGAAGGAGCAGAAGGUGCAUUUGGAGAAUAUGGGGUCACACGAUAUUGUAGACGGGAACCACAGGCUGACGCUCGGAUUGAUCUGGACGAUUAUCUUAAGGUUCCAGAUACAAGAUAUCAGCGUUGAGACUGAAGACAACAAGGAGAAGAAGUCGGCUAAGGACGCUUUGUUGCUUUGGUGUCAGAUGAAGACCGCUGGGUAUCCCAAUGUCAAUGUCCAUAACUUCACCACAAGCUGGCGUGACGGCCUGGCAUUUAAUGCCAUUGUACAUAAGCACAGACCAGACAUAAUUGAAUUUGACACCUUGAAGAAGUCCAAUGCUCACCACAACCUUCAAAAUGCCUUCAAUGUGGCUGAAAGAGAACUUGGCCUUACCAAGCUGCUGGAUCCAGAAGAUGUGAAUGUGGACCAGCCAGACGAGAAGUCUAUCAUUACCUAUGUUGCAACCUUUUAUCACUACUUUUCAAAGAUGAAGGCGCUUGCAGUGGAGGGGAAGCGUAUUGGAAAGGUGCUGGAUCAGGCCAUUGAAGCAGAUCAGCUGAUUGAUACGUACGAACACCUUGCAUCAGAACUUCUGCAAUGGAUUGAGCAAAUGAUUAUUACACUCAAUGACAGGAAGUUGGCAAACUCUCUUAGCGGUGUUCAGAAUCAGCUGCAAGCCUUCAACACCUACCGGACUGUCGAAAAGCCUCCAAAGUUCACAGAGAAGGGGAAUUUGGAAGUUCUUCUUUUCACCAUUCAGAGUAAAAUGAGGGCAAAUAAUCAGAAGGUUUAUACUCCGAGAGAAGGAAAGCUAAUAUCCGAUAUAAAUAAGGCCUGGGAACGCCUAGAGAAGGCUGAGCAUGAACGUGAACUUGCGCUACGUAAUGAGCUCAUCCGUCAAGAGAAACUUGAGCAAUUGGCAGCAAGGUUUGACCGUAAAGCCGCCAUGAGAGAAACCUGGUUGAGCGAAAACCAGCGCUUGGUCUCCCAGGAUAACUUUGGAGUGGAUUUGGCUGCAGUGGAGGCAGCAGUACGGAAACACGAGGCAAUAGAGACGGAUAUUGUAGCAUACAGUGAGCGUGUACAAGCAGUGAAUGCAGUGGCGGAUGAACUAGAGGCUGAGAAUUAUCAUGACAUUCGGAGGAUAUUGGCUAGGAAAAAUAAUGUAGCUAGGUUGUGGGAUUAUUUGAAGGAGCUUCUAGCCUCCAGACGAAGGAGGCUCCUAAUGAACCUGGAAUUACAGAGGAUGUUCCAAGAUUUGAUGUAUCUUAUGGACUGGACAGAUGAAAUGAAGAGCCGUCUUCAGUCACAGGAUUAUGGUAAACAUCUCCAUGGGGUGGAGGACCUCCUGCAGACUCACACACUGGUGGAGGCUGACAUAGCAGUGCAGGCUGAGCGUGUUAAAUCUGUUUCUGCUGUAGCCCAGAAAUUCACGUCUGAUGAUGAAGGUUAUAAGCCCUGUGACCCAGAGUUGGUGCGAGAGAGAGUGCAACUUUUGGAACAGCGUUAUGCAGAGUUGUGCGAUCUGGCUGCUGCACGUCGCUCUAAGUUGGAAGAGUCCCUCCGCCUCUGGAAGUUCUUCUGGGAAAUGGGUGAGGAGGAGGCCUGGAUUCGUGAACAGAGCCGACUGCUGCAGUCAGAUGACUAUGGCAAAGACCUUACUAGUUCUCUUAGGCUGAUUAGCAAGCAUAAUGCCUUCCAAAGUGAGAUGAGUGGGCGCUAUGGACCCUUACAACAAACCAUUGCUGAGGGAGAAGAGCUGGUUUCCCAAGGCCAUUUUGGGGCUGGUGAGAUUGAGGAGAAGAUAGCAGAAGUUAGUGGUCAAUGGAAGGAGCUGGAGUCUUUGGCUGAAGAUAGGGAACGCAAGUUGAGAGAGGCCUACAACCUCUACCAGUUUCAGUCUGAUGCCAAUGAUGCAGAGGUGUGGAUUCUUGACACACUACGUCUGGUUUCAACCAGUGAUGUGGGCCAUGAUGAAUAUUCAACACAGACCCUCAUCAAAAAGCACAAAGACGUGGAGGAGGAGAUCCUCAACCACCGGCCAGCAAUUGAUGCUCUACAUGAGCAGGCACGUGGGCUGCCCGCUCCUUACUCCCAAUCACCUGAAGUUGAUGGAAGGCUUCCUGCACUGGAACAGCGGUACGAGGAGUUGGUAACUCUUGCUGCACACCGGAAGCAGGCUCUCCAAGACUCACUGGAUCUCCAUAAAAUGUUCAGUGAGGCAGACGCUUGUGUUCUGUGGAUUGAUGAGAAGGAACAAUGGCUCAAUGGCUUGGAGAUCCCUGAAAAGCUUGAGGAUCUGGAAGUUGUGCAGCAAAGGUUUGAGACACUGGAGGCAGAGAUACAUAAUCUGGCAUCCAGGAUUGCUUCUGUAAACCAAGUUGCUGAUCAGCUGAUAAGCACAGGCCAGAGAAAUGAGGAAAGUAUCCGGGACACGCAGGAUCAACUGAACGCUCGAUGGAACCAGUUCCGUCAGCUUGUUGAACAAAAGAAGAAAUCCCUCAAUUCAGCCCUAGAUAUCCAGAAUUAUCACUUGGAGUGCAAUGAGACUGUUUGUUGGAUGAGAGAGAAGACCAAAGUCAUUGAAUCUACACAAAGCUUGGGCAAUGACCUGGCAGGCGUUACUGCCCUUCAGCGUAAGCUCACUGGCAUGGAACGUGAUCUGGAGGCCAUUCAAGGCAAAGUUGGUGAUCUUCGCGUGGAAGCGGAAAAGCUUGCCACUGAGCACCCGUACAGAGCUUCUGCUAUAACCAGCCGGCUGUCUGAGAUUGAUGAUACCUGGGGAGAUCUGAAAGAGACUAUGAGAAGAAGAGAGGAGACUUUGGGGGAGGCAAGUAAGCUUCAAGGUUUUCUGCGAGAUUUGGAUGACUUCCAGAACUGGCUUUCCCGAGCACAGACAGCAGUGGCAUCCGAGGACCUCCCAACUGACAUGGCUGAAGCAGAACGCCUCCUGGCUCAACACGAAGGAAUAAGGAAUGAGAUAGAACAUUAUGGAGCUGAUUACCGUAGGGUGAGAGAUGUUGGUGAGGAGGUGACUCGGGGGCAAACAGAUGCCCAGUAUAUGUUUCUGCAGCAAAGGCUAAAGGCAUUGGACACCGGCUGGAAUGAAUUGGGACAGAUGUGGGAAAAUCGUCACCAGCUGCUUUCCCAGGGGUACAGCUUCCAGAUGUUCUUGAGAGAUGCCAAGCAAGUUGAGGGCUUCCUUAAUAAUCAGGAGUAUGUUCUGUCUCAUACGGAGAUGCCGACCACCCUUCAAGCCGCUGAAGCUGCCAUCAAACGUCAUGAGGACUUUAUGACUACGAUGGACGCCAAUGAGGAAAAGAUCCUAGGGCUGCUGGACUCUGGGAAGAAGUUAAUUCAGGAGGAGAACAUUUACUCAGACAAGAUUCAUGAGAAAGUCACAUCAGUUGAGGAAAGACAUCAGAAGAACAGAGAUGCUGCUAAGGAAUUUCUAGCUCGUUUGAAGGACAACCUUAACCUACAGCACUUCCUUCAAGAUUGUCAGGAGCUCACACUAUGGAUCAAUGAGAAGAUGCUCACUGCUCAAGAUGUAUCCUAUGAUGAAGCCAGAAAUCUGCACAGCAAAUGGCAAAAGCACCAGGCUUUUAUGGCUGAACUUGCGUCAAACAAGGACUGGUUGGACAAGAUAGACAAGGAAGGGAAACAGCUGAUGGCAGAAAAGCCUGAACUAGAGCCAGUGGUGAGAGAGAAGUUGGAUGCUCUCCAUAGUCUCUGGAACAACCUGGAGUCCACAACCCAGAGCAAGGCGCAGUGCUUGUUUGAUGCCAACAGAGCGGAGCUGUUCACACAAAGUUGUUCAGCUCUAGAAAGUUGGCUAGAAAACUUGGAGGGACAGCUCCAGUCGGAUGACUAUGGGAAGGACCUGACUAGUGUCAAUAUCCUACUGAACAAACAGCAGAUGCUGGAGAACCAAAUGGAGGUUAGAGAAAAGGAGCUUGAGGCCAUCAAAGUUCAAGCACAGGCUCUGGGGCAAGAAGACACCAACACAGUGGAGGUUGACUCCAAGCACAAGACUGUAGAGGGAAAAUUCAUCACACUGCGUGCCCCCCUGAAUGAGAGAAAGAAUUUGCUGCUGGCGUCUAAGGAGGGACAUCAAUUCAAUAGGGACCUAGAGGAUGAAAUUCUUUGGGUAAAGGAGCGGAUGCCGACAGCCGUGUCUACAGAACAUGGAAAAGAUCUCCCUACUGUCCAGUUGCUCAUUAAGAAGAAUCAGACACUACAGAAAGAAAUUCAAGGUCAUCAGCCUCGAAUAGAUGAUAUCCUAGAAAGGGGGAAAUCUAUGGUAAAGAACAAUGCCCUAGAUGCUCAGGAGAUAGCAGAACGUCUUGAGGUUCUCAGGGCCACUUGGGAAGAGCUGGUAACAGAAACAGAAAAACGACAUGCACGCCUUGGGGAGUCUCAGGCUGCGCAACAGUUCUACGCUGAUGCUGCUGAGGCUGAAGCUUGGAUGGGAGAGCAGGAAUUACACAUGAUGUCUGAAGAGAAGGCCAAGGAUGAGAUUGGAGCACAAGCUAUGCUAAAGAAACACUUAGUGAUGGAACAAGCACUAGACGAUUAUGCUGAAACCAUUCACCAACUGGCCAACUCAAGCAGAGAUAUGGUGUCAAGAGGCCAUCCUGAGAGUGAUCGGAUCACUAUGCGCCAGGGGCAAGUGGACAAGCUCUAUGCCAGCUUGAAGGAUCUAGCAGAGGAGAGACAGGGAAAGCUACAAGAGCACCAGAGACUGUGCCAGCUAAAGAGAGACGUGGAAGAUCUUGAGCACUGGAUUUCAGAACGUGAAGUGGUGGCCGCAUCCCAUGAGCUGGGACAGGACUAUGAGCAUGUAACUAUGCUGAGGGAUAAAUUCCGAGAGUUCUCCCGUGAUACUAGUAACAUUGGCCAGGAGCGAGUAGAUGCUGUUAAUCUCAUGGCGGAUGACCUGAUUUCUUCUGGGCACUCGGAAAAUGCAACUGUAGCAGAAUGGAAAGAUGGACUUAAUGAGGCUUGGGCUGACUUGUUGGAAAUGAUUGACACCAGAAGCCAAAUGCUGGCUGCCUCCUAUGAGCUUCACCGUUUCUACCAGGAUGCCCGUGAGACGCUAGGUCAAAUCCACGACAAGAAAAACCAGAUUCCAGAGGAAACCGGCAGGGACCUUAAUACUGCAGAGGCCAUGCAACGCAUGCACACAACCUUUGAGCAUGACAUCCAAGCACUCAGUGCACAGGUUAAGCAGGUACAGGAGGAUGCUUCACGUCUACAGAAAGCCUACGCAGGUGAGAAAGCUGCCGAUAUCCACCGCCAUGAGCAGGCUGUGACAGAGGCUUGGGGGGAUCUUCAAAAUGCCAGCAGUGCCCGUCGCCAGCUGCUUCUAGACACCGUAGAGAAAUUCCGCUUCUUCAGAAUGGUUCGUGAUCUCAUGCUUUGGAUGGAUGAUAUCAACUUGCAGAUUGACGCUCAGGAGAAGCCACGCGACGUAUCUUCAGCCGAUUUAGUCAUCAAGAACCACCAAGGCAUCAAGGCAGAAGUGGAUGCCCGCGCCGACAGCUUCACAACCUGCAUAGACCUUGGCAACUCUCUGCUAGAAAAGAAUCACUACGCAUCUGACAAGAUCUCGGAGAAGCUGGAGCAGCUGCAGGAGCGGAGGCAGGAGACGGAGAAUAAGUGGAAGGAUAAAAUGGAGUGGUUACAGAUAGUCCUGGAGGUGCUGAUGUUUGGAAGAGAUGCUAGUGUGGCAGAGGCUUGGUUAUCCAGUCAAGAACCCAUCGUCCGAUCUUCAGAACUUGGUACAAACGUAGACGAGGUGGAGAACCUUAUAAAGAGGCACGAUGCCUUCCAGAAAUCUGUGUCUGCCUGGGACGAACGAAUUUACCUUCUGGAGAAACUCACAACGCUGGAAGUGAAUGAUAUGCGUAGGCGGAAAGAGGAGGAAGAGAGGAGGAGGCGACCUCCAACCCCACCAGAGCCGGAACCAGAGCAGGUGGAGGUUCUGCAGAAUUCCCAGUCCUCUGACGACCAGGCCCUACCAGCUGUUAUACAAGAGAGGCUGCAAUAUUCCUUACAGGAGCCAGUGUCGGUUAACGGCGUGUACACAGAUUCUGACUCACCACAGCCGUCAACUGAGACGCGAAGGUUAGAUGACAGCUUAUCUGAAAACCAGGGUUUGGAUCAGUCUGAUAUUACCAACGGCACACGGACAGAAAGCAUAACCAAGGAUGGCAGCCCGCCACCGUCUCCACAGCUUCCGCCCAGGCUUGCCUUCUCUCCGUUGAACAUGCAGUUUGCCACAUUACCGCUGAACUCACCGGAACCAACCACCUCUGAGCAGAUGGAGGGGAUGCUACACCGUAAGCAUGAGAUGGAUUCGCACAAUAAGAAAGCAGCAAACAGAUCCUGGCAAAAUGUUUACUGUGUCAUGAAGAAGGGCAGUCUGGGCUUCUACAAAGAUGCUAAGAGUGCAUCGAGUGGCAUCCCGUACCAUGGAGAGGUUCCUGUGCAGCUUGCUGGGGCUCAGUGCAGUGUGGCUCACGACUAUAAGAAGCGCAAGAAUGUUUUCAAGCUCAGCUUAUUAGAUGGGAAGGAAUACCUUUUCCAAGCCAAGGAUGAGCCCGAAAUGAGCAGUUGGAUGCGGGUGAUCAACAUAUCUUCUACCCCUGGAGAUGCUCCAGACCGCUCUCCAGGUGUUCCUAUGGGUAUGACGCGAGCCAUGACAAUGCCAGUGUCGCCCAACAGUGCCACAGAGGGUCCUGUCACAAUGCGCAACAAAGAUGGGAAGGAAAAGGACAGAGAAAAGAGGUUCAGUUUCUUCAAGAAGAAGUAGACAACAUGCUGGUUGCCAAAAUGGGUGACACAGGGUUCAAGUCAUCACUGCUAACGGAGCCCUGAGAAACCUUCAGCAUGGGACCUAUGGGAAUGGGUGGGUUGGGCAGGAAGUGAUGAUAAGAAGCCCAAUGCAGCAUUUUAUACAUAAAUAUAUAUAUAUAUUCGGUAUGGACACCUCCUAGAAUGAACAGACUUUGAAGCCCUUAGUAUGUAACAUAAUGGAAUUUCGGUGGAAAUUUGAAGCUCCUGCUGCACUGAAAGAAACCUGGAGGUGGCUUUGGUAGCGCUCUUUAUGCGGUGCUAUGAGCCAUUCAUGAGGGGGUCUUUAAUCCAUUGUCAUAAUUUUUUUUCUUUUGUCUUUCAAUGGGGUCUUUCAUUGUUGUAAUACGCAUGUCCGGCUGUAACCUCUAACAUGACAUCAAGUUAGAAAUGCCGUUCACAUUUAACAGCAUAUAAUGGAGAUGCAAUAAAAUGAAAGAACUCAGCUA